CGCAAAUACAGCGGCACAGGAGGUGCAGCCUCUUUCAAAAACUCAGCACAUAAGCUCCAGAGAGCAGAGACAAACUGCAACCACUGCCUAGGCUUCUUCAUUCCCCUUCUGUCCAUCACCGAUCUGAUUCAACACAUGAUCAUACUGAGUGUGUUGUUGCCAUCUGGGGAAAUCUGGGAACUGGGACAGGAUUAAGAUCUAGGAAAAUCAACCAGCUGAGAGCCACCACUACAGACCAAACAUGACCUGCACAAGGGUUCUUCAUGCUUUGAGCCAAUCCAACACUGCUGACCUGGCGAUGGGUCUGACCCGGCGCCAGCCUCUCUAUCAGCUGCUGGCCAUGUCUCAUCUGAAUCCCACGCAACACCUGAGUCAGUCGGCCGACUAUCCACAGCAGGGCAGCCUUCACUCUUCACACCCCUCCUCCACAUCCUCCUCGUCACACACUUCCUCUCAGGUGCCCUCCGGAUUACGGAGCUGCCUCCGCCGGUACAGCAGCGGCGUGAGCAAGAAGCGCGUCGUGUUCGCAGACACCAAGGGACUGGCACUGACCGCCGUGCGCUUCUUUGACUCCGAGCUCUCACCCCCCAAGUCUCCCCUGCUGGCAAGAGCCAAACCACAGCUGUGUAUCUCCAGCAGACUUCAGCACCACAAGCUGCAGCUGGGCUUCCCCCAGCCAAAACUGGACUUGAAAGAUCUCCUCACACGGCCGCGAGACACACACGUCCAACUGGAGAGCUGCAGCGUGUCUGAGAACUCCUUCAGCGGCAAAGUGUACGCUUCACACUGUGGCACUGAGGGCGCCGUGCACGUCAGGGUGACCUUUGACACUUGGCGGAGCCAUCACGACGUCCCCUGCAAGUUUUUGCAGCAGCAGCGCUGCGGCACGUCAGACAUGGACGUGUUCACCUUCGACAUAAACCUACCCCAGAACGUAGAUCCAAAAGAGCGGACCGAGUUCUGCGUGUCGUUCAGGCCGAGCGUCGGCUCCGUGCUGUACUGGGACGACAACCGGGGGCAGAAUUACAGACUGUACAUAGAAAGCGAUGCAUCACAUACAGCUCAGGGCAGCGUGAGCCGGUACUACUCCAGUCUCUCAAAGUACCGUCCUUCCUGUUUCCCUUCGAACUCAGUCACCAAGAUGCAUGGUGCUACACCCGACUGGCAGCAUGUUCAGAGGAGUUUGACAAACCGGGUGUAAAACUUCACUUUUGAAUGGAUGGAUGUGUGAUAAUGUACAUACUACUGUACAUAUUGUACCAUUGUAAAUAUUGUGACUUCCUGUUUCCAGAAUAUUUAUAUUUAUUUAUAUUACAAUUCCCUAAUAUAAUUCCAGUACUCCUCUCCUUUAUCCUGUUGCUGUAUGUUUCUCUUCUUCUCGUUGAGAGUGAACAAAAAGCUGGAGUCAAAUUCCGUGCUUGUCAUAUACAAACUGUAACAUUAAAGCUCAUCCCGAUUGUGAUUCUGAUGUUUUAUUUCACAAAUAAGUAGUGAAAGUAUUCUUGUGGGAUUUGGAAUAUUUACAAUCUCUUGUUUUGGAGGUUUUGAAGCUGUUAAAGUGUUAGUUCACCCUCUGGGGAUUGAAUACCCCGCUUGAAUGUGAACAAUGCACGGAAAAAAAAAAAAAAAAGCAUUAAUAUUGUAAAAUAAAAUUGUUUUUGGAA